CUGCCGAGCGUUGCCACGCAACUCGAUUUGUGCCCUCUUCUUUUGCAGGCAACUUUUGUGCAGCCGCCCCCGCUUUCCCCCCCGCGAAAACCCAGCAGCCGCCGCCGCUGCCGCCGCCGCCGCCGCCACAUCCAGUCCUGCCCCGGGGCCCUGAACCCUAGCCAUGGCGUCCUCCAUACUCUCCGACUGCUCCUCGGCCCGCCUCCUCCCUCUCCGCCGCUCGCUCCUCCCGCCGCGGGCGCCCCGCCUCCGCUCCUGCCCCGCUCUAGCUACCCCCAGGCGCCUACUCGUCGCCGCCAGGCCCCAGCUGCUUCCGCGCCCGCGCCACAUGGACUCGGUCCCCGCAGCCACCGCCUCUUCCGCCGACUCAGCAACCGUCUCAGCCGAUGCGCCUGCCAAACUGAUUGACGGGAAGCUCGUGGCGAAGCAAGUGAGAGAAGAAAUAGCUGUCCAAGUCACCAGGAUGAAGGAUGUGAUCGGCAUUGUGCCCGGCCUGGCUGUCAUCCUUGUUGGGUCGAGGAAGGAUUCUCAGACUUACGUGCGGAACAAGAAGAAGGCGUGCGAAGCGGUCGGUAUAAAGUCGUACGAGGUCAACUUGCCUGAGGACAGCUCUGAGGAGGAGGUUAUCAAGCACAUAGCGAGUUUCAACAGUGACCCGUCCGUGCAUGGCAUCUUGGUUCAGUUGCCCUUACCAAGGCAUAUGAAUGAUGAGAACAUUCUGAAUGCGGUCAGUAUUGAAAAGGAUGUUGAUGGCUUUCAUCCGCUGAACAUCGGACGGCUUGCAAUGCAAGGCCGAGAUCCGUUCUUUGUACCUUGCACCCCGAAAGGAUGCAUGGAGUUGCUACACCGACACGGAGUUGAAAUUAAAGGGAAGAGAGCUGUUGUGAUCGGACGAAGCAAUAUUGUUGGAACGCCUGCUGCAUUGUUGUUGCAAAAAGCAAAUGCAACUGUCAGCAUUGUUCAUUCACAAACCAAGAACCCUGAGCAAAUAACGAGACAGGCAGAUAUAGUCAUCGCAGCUGUUGGAGUCGCCAACUUGGUCAGAGGGGAUUGGAUAAAGCCUGGAGCUACUAUUAUUGAUGUUGGCAUCAAUCCAGUUGAUGACCCAGAGAGCCCCCGCGGGUACAGGCUCGUCGGGGACGUCUGCUACGAGGAAGCCUCCAAGGUCGCCGGAGCCAUCACGCCGGUCCCAGGCGGCGUCGGGCCGAUGACGAUCGCGAUGCUUCUGUCGAACACGCUCGAGUCGGCUAGACGGAUCCACGGAUUCAAGUAGCCGCCGCACCCACCGUCCGUCCAGCAGAGAGAAGCGAAGGCGUUGGCCCUGCCAGCCAAGCCAGACUAGUGCAGGGGUCGUAGGGAAAAAAUAAAUAAAUAAUUAAAUAAAUUUUGACGCAGAUGAGAUGGGAAAUCCCAGCUUGACACUUUGUUAGGGUAUUGUGCUUGAUAAAAAUAUGGCACCAGGUGAAUCUGAGGUGCCAGUAAAUCUUGGAUGAAUUCUGCCGCACGCAUCCGACCGGAUCAGCAGAAACUUGUCUCCAUGCCAUGAUCAGGGUACCUGUGUUGUGAGUGACUGUGGCUGUGACUGGUGGGUGCCGUUGUCGACGUGGGAUAAUGCCUGAUCUGUCCAGUUGGAUCCCCGAUUUCAUUAGCUGUCUGUCUGUCUGUCUGCCCCCGUUUUUUUUUUUGUGUGUGUGGUACACUGCACUGCACACGCAUGCUGGUGUAUUUGGUGGCCACCUAAACGCAGUAGCAGUUGGUUGAGCGAGUAUGUGUUUGGUUUGAGGUUAAAGUGUGAUGAGACGGGUGUGACACUGUCUCUUCGAUUU